CCAGCUGUGCUACAUUACCCACAUCUGACGUCUCGUCCACCAUAACAGCGACAAAGGGUGCUUUUUUAAUCUUCAUUUUGAUCUCUUCUCCCAUCACUUCAGCAAUAGCAUAAAUCAGGUCGUUUUGUAUUUUGCCUGACGUCCCAGUAAACAUGUUGUUUGUGUACAGGUGGUAAUGCAAAUCUGUGUUGUUCUCAGCAAGAAAAGAAAGAAGCUCCACGUAGUUUCCUCUGUUUCUGGACUCGGCGCUUUCAUCGUGUCCCCUAAAUGGAAGUUCCUGUUUACCCAAAAACAGGAAACAAUCAAUCAGUCUUUCAAUAUUUCCCUAUUUUUGUUCACCCUUUCGUUGUGGAGCUCCGUUUCCCUGCGCACUUGUUCGUUGAGCUGUAGAUCCACUCGGGUGUCCCCAAAGGUUUUCAAAAGCACCAGUGCUUCCAAGUGCCCAGCUGUGCUUUGGUGUCUCGUUGCUGCCUUGGUUAGACAACUCAAGUUUGCAAAUUUAGUGUGGCUCCAAACACCAAAUCGAUCAGUUGCAAAUACCAGGCAUUCCCGGCAGUACAAUUUGCAGUGCCUCUCGGAGGCUGUGAGCCAGGGGUACCGCUCGUAGUUGCCCUGCUGUGCUAGGCUCGCUAGCGUUGGAGUUGGUCGUUCCCUUUUCAAGAUGUGUAGCUUUACUUGAAAAGUUCGUUUUGAAAAUGGCGUUGUAAUUAUAUCUUCUACCAAAUUGAUCUCUUCUCCUCCUUCAGCCAUUGUGGGUUGAAAAAAAUAGCUUGUAGAAAUCUACACAAAUUAGCUCGCUCAAGUUCUAGUUCUGUUUGCUAGCUUUGCCCAUAGACUGUAUGGCUCUGCCUACUGCCUAGCUCUGCCUCUCAAUAGUGCGUAUCCAAUCAGAAGAUGUGCACGUGCUAACGUUAGCGUACGCCUGCUAGCUGGCCCGUUGUCGCCACCUCGAAAUCUGAUUGGUUAACGCCACAGUUUUGUUUGCGUUCACUUUAAGCUACAGGCGCCCGCACUGUUGAUUCUGAAGGCCUAAGGGCAGAUUUCUUUGACCCUAGCAACACAUUAUGGCUGAAAUAUGAUUGGAUAAAAGCUCUAACAUAAAGGCCAGCCCUCCAAAUCUCGUUCUGAGGCUGGAAGCAGCGCAGCCAAGACGAACGCUAUAAAAUGAAGAGAAUAGACUAUGGGGAAUAAUUGAAUACGUAUUUGUGGAAAAAAUAUAUCAAAAUUUAAUUUAUAUUCUGUUGAUGUUUAGGCCAGCAGAGAAGGCCUUGCUGGCCCUGACGGCCCACCACUGUAGUAACUCAGUUACAGGUGUGUAUGUGCAGCCUGUAGAGGAGGGGUGUCCAGGGAGGGCCACAUACAGAGAAACAUACGAAGGGCCUGGCCACAUGUGAUGUUUGUACAGUAGCCUCAUUUGUUAAGUUAUAAUUCAGCAAAAUCAAUCAAAUGUAGGUCAAUUAUGUUUGAUAAUUGAAUAUGCGUUUAAAAAAAAGCAAUCUAUCAAAAACUAAAAUUUGUUAGAAAAUGUUUUCAACUUGAAUUUAUUUAAUUUAUUGAAACAUUUGGGUUAUUAACAGAUGAAAACUGUGUAAUAUGGUUUUACAUAUAUUUAAGAAGAACAUUAUAAGUACACGUUUCAGUUAUUCCAUUAUACUUUUAGAAUUAGCUGAGGGCCAAUUAAAAUGGACCCAGGGCCACAGUUGCCUCCCAGGCCGUAGUUUGGACACCUCUCCUGUAGUUACAUUUUUGUUCUAUCAGUAUUUGCUUAUCUUUGUGUAUUUCCUGUGGGGUUUUUUUAGGACAGUUUAACAUUGAUGUUAGUUCCCCGUUCCUUAAAGAUCACGUAUUAUGCAAAAUCAAACCUCAUUUCUUUUAUACUUAAAAAUAUGGCCCCUCUUUGUUAAGAGAAAAGAGAUUCUCUGUCUUUUUGUCCUGAACUACCUGUCUGAAAACCUUAUCACCCGAAUCUCCUCCUAGAGCGCCGUUGUGUUUUACAGAGCAAACAUCUUGCAGAGGAGCGUGGCCAGCCGCGGCUCAUUUGCAAUGUAAAGGUCCCGUAUUAUACUAUAUCUAUACAAAACAUGUCUCUGAAGUGUUUUGCUCAAAAUACAAACAGAUCACCCAUUGUAGGUUUCAAUUUUGUUUAUGAAAAUAUUAGAUGACAGCCACAUUCCACUUUCAAAUGUACGGCGAUACAUGUGAUAAGAUGACAUUGGCAGGUAAUACCUGGCAUGGCAAAGUGUUCCCUACUGUUCCCUCCACCUGUUCACAGCUUGUGCACAUAGCAAUAUGAUUACCUGUAAUUUUUCCUUACAAGUAAAAUGUCCAGGUCAGACUACCCUCCAGGGUACGAUGAAUCCAGGGGCCCACUGUACGCACCACAGGGUGGAGGUUACCCACCACCCCCAGCAUAUGGCUUCCCUGGCUUUGGUGGUCCCCAGCCGGGCCAGCCCUCUGCCCCUUACCCUGCGGGUCCGAAUGCCCCUAUGUUCCCAGGCCAACCUGGGGGCUACCCGGGCCAACCUGGGGGCUAUCCCGCCGCCCCAUAUCCAGGACAGCAGCAACCGGGUGGGCCUCCAGGAGCUGGCUACCCCAUGCCGCCUCCAAUGAUGCCGCCGCACAUGCCGUCAGACAUAAUGAGCUCUGGUGACCCAGGGGAUGGGUUUGCGGCAAGUGGCAGCGGCUGGGACAGUAUGAGCAUUCGUCAUGCCUUCAUCAGAAAGGUGUAUUUGAUUUUGACUGCUCAGCUCCUCGUCACCACAUCUUUUGUGGCUAUAUUCACGUUCGUCGAACCUGUCAGAUAUUUCGUACAGAGAAACCCAGCUAUCUACUGGGCAUCAUACGCUGUGUAUUUUGUCACCCACCUUGUGCUGGUCUGCUGUAAGGGCCCCAGGAGGAAGUGCCCGUGGAAUGUCAUUCUGCUAAGCAUCUUCACUCUGGCUUUCUCCUAUGUGACUGGAUCAGUUUCCAGUUACUACGAUACAAAAGCAGUGUUUCUCGCUCUGGGGAUCACCGCCAUCGUCUGCAUCGCUGUCACCGUCUUCUGCUUCCAGACAAAGGUGGACUUCACAAAGUGCCAGGGCCUUUUCUGUGUGCUGGGGAUUGUAGUAUUUGUGACUGGCAUCAUAACAGCCAUUGUGCUGUCAUUCAAAUAUAUCCCGUGGCUUCACAUGCUCUAUGCAGGUAUAGGAGCCAUAGCUUUCACUCUGUUCCUAGCGUACCACACGCAGUUGCUGAUAGGCAACAGGAAGCACUCCAUCAGCCCAGAGGAGUACGUGUUCGCCGCGCUCUCCAUUUACGUCGACAUCGUCCAGAUCUUCCUUUUCCUGCUGCAGAUUAUCGGUGCUUCUACCAAAUAAGUGCACCCAAGGGAAAUCGACUGACAGGGUGCAGACAAAAAAUACAUUACUUUUUUUUUAAAGCGUUUUGUUGUCUGUCAGAAUCAGAAAACAUGUAUAAAAUCAUGACGUAUAAUUAAAUUGUCACGGGCUGAAUUUAAGAUUUUGUCAUAGGUAAAUCCUAUGCAUAAAAAAAUGCAGUUUUUCCGAAAUUAAUAUUUAUCUUUAUCUGCAUUAAGCAAAUAAUUGGUGGCUUAAAAAGAGUAUUAAAUACAGUAGAUACUUUUAGACGCUGGAAUGCCAGUUGAAACAUUUAUUCACUCUUACUGGACAAAUGUUAUAAUGCAGACCGUGUCUCCAAAUGUUUCUUCUCAUGAUCAUCUGCGACACAUGAACUGGAGCCUGUCUUUUAAGAAAAAUUGAGAAAAUGGGCCAUGAUGUUUUUAUAUUCAGUCUCAAUUUCGCCAACACAGAGGCCCUUCUCUGGUGACGUUGAAGUAAAGUAGGUGGGGUCGGGCAAUGCCUCAACAUUUGGUUGCAGAUAACCAAACACAUUCAAUGGCCCGGAUAGUGAUAUCUUUUAUUUACAGCAGGUUAUGUCAAAAAUGUCAUGGUUCAUUUACUGAAUGAAUCAAUAAUAGGCUUCUUUUAACUACAUUUUAAUGACCAAAGAAAUAUUUAUUAAAACAUUAGCCAUUUCUUUACAUUCGCACCACUUUGAAGUAAUAGUUCUAUGGGGUAAAUGUUAAACCGCAGAUAGUUAGCUUAGCUUAGCAUGAAUGACUGGAAAUAGAGAAAUGGCUAGUCUGGCCCUGUCUGAAGGUUAAACAAUUCUGCCAGCACUGGUAAAGCUCACAGAUUAAAAAGUUAUAUGACGUGUUAGCCAUAGAAAAUCAAAGUGCACAAACUAAAGGUUGUGCUUUCAUGGUUUUCCUGAUGAGCCAGACUGUUUCUUGGCCUAUAUUAGUAACUUCCUGAACUUGUAAUUUUUAAACAUUUAAUUUUCGAGCAAAAAUAAAAGUACCAGGUAGAAAUUGUUAGCUUGAGAGGUGCUAAUAAGUGGAACAAACAACUUCGAGACCAUUCCCUUCCAGUUUCUUGCCUUUAUGCUAAGCUAACUAGCUCCCAGCUAGCUGUAGCUUUGUGUUCAUAGGACAGGUAAUUGGUAUCUAUCCGCUCAUCUUUCUCUCAGCAGUUUUAUAAGAGUAUUUCUCAAUAUUUGACUUAGAUUUAAUUGUAUGCAUCAGUCAAAAGGCCAAAUAGGAUUUAAUGCUGAAUACUUAUAAAGGUGAGUUCAACAGAUGCUCACAACAGAUUAAAAGCUAAUAAAUCUGCAUUGAGUGUUUAUGUGCAUUACACAUGUUACAUGAUGUUACAUUUGGUAUUGAUUAUAGAGAAAGUGUGGAUUCUUAAAACUACUCUUGGCAUCUGCACUCUUGAUAAUUUGAUAUCUAAUCAGCCCACUCCCUGAAAUAUAGCUUGGUGCAUCUGGUUGUAACUGUAUACACACGUUUCAGACUAUACAUAUAUAUGGUUCUACAUCACUACAGUGCCUUCACAAUGACAAUAUGUCAGUGAUUCCUUUUUUAAACCUUAGGAAGUAUACAGGCUUAUGAGUACUGUUACAUAACAAUCCUUUUUAUAUAUAUUCUGGUGUCAUGGUCAGAUCUCGGUCAGAUGCAUCGGUGCUAGUUGGGUGUUGUUUUCUUUUUGUCAUACAGGAUAACGCCAAUGCCAUUGAUCAUUGUUCAAAUGCUCCUAAAUGACCAAUCACAGCUUGCUAGUCUUCUCCACACGUAUAGAUGCUUUGUUAUAUAUAGACCCAUGUUACAUAAAACCCUAGACUCAAAACCGCAAAGGUGGACAUGGGGUCAGUGUGGGGUACGGGUUUGUAAAUAUACAUGUCAAUGUUUGCCUUUUCAUAUCAAAUAAACAUUUGUAUUUGA